ACCAAUUUCACCUCCCAUUUUCAAUUCAAAAUCAGAAAACCCAACCAAACCCUCACACUGAAGAGUUUUCCCGUUCGUGUUCGUGCUCGUAACUUCAAACUUCGAUCUAUGUUGAACUUUCAGUUCAAUUUCAAAAAAUCAUAACUACUCAAAUUACUCGAUUCAGUGCUUUGUUCUUCACUUCCACUUUCAGAAUGCUGAGGGAAUCAAAGUUACCACGCCGGAAUCUUAACAAAAGUGAAGAAAUCGAAAAUCUAGAUCCGUCGGAAACUUCGUCGGCGUCGGUGACAAAUCCGAGAUGCAUAGAAGCUCCUAGACCUCCUUUAAAUACAAUUCAAGAUAUAGAACGAACUCCGUCGAAAGCAACGAAGAGAAAAGGAGGACCGGAGCUUCGAACACCGGAAAGAAGCUUAAAUUUGAAGCCUCGAUUUGCAUGGCCUCAGAGAAACGACACGGUUUCGACAACAUUUGAUGAUAGGAGAGGAUCUGGAGUUGGUAAUGCUACUCCUAGGGUGAAUAGAACGGUGGUGAGAGCUUGUUCGGAGAGUAAUUCGACGCAGAGUACUCCGACUAAGAGUGUGACUAAGCCUCCUGUUAGCUCGAUGAGUGUUCGAGGUAAAGGUGAUGGAAGCAGUUUCAGUGUUCGUUUGGGGAACUAUGGGGGAUUGUAUAAAGGUGUUUCGAGUACUUCUUGUACGCCCGUGGUUGUGAAUUCUGUAGAAGUUCCUCACUUCGAUCUUAAGGAAGAUUCAUCAUUUUGGAUCAACCACAAUGUACAGGUUAUUAUCCGCGUUCGUCCUCUCAAUAGCAUGGAGAGGAGUAUACAUAGCUAUAACAGAUGCCUAAAACAAGAUAGUUCUCAAAGCAUUAGUUGGAUUGGGCAACCGGAAAACCGGUUCACGUUUGACCAUGUUGCAUGUGAAACUGUAGACCAGGAGAUGAUUUUCAGAAUGGCUGGUCUUCCGAUGGUAGAGAACUGUCUUUCAGGAUAUAAUAGCUGUAUGUUUGCAUACGGACAGACAGGUAGUGGGAAAACAUAUACAAUGCUUGGUGAAAUUGAAGAUUUAGACGUGAAGCCCAGUCCUCAUCGUGGAAUGACUCCUCGUAUAUUUGAGUUUUUGUUUGCCAGGAUUCAAGCUGAAGAGGAAAGCAGAAGAGACGAGAACUUAAAAUACAACUGCAAGUGUUCCUUCUUGGAGAUUUACAAUGAGCAAAUUACAGAUCUACUUGAUCCCUCGUCUACCAAUUUGCUUCUGCGGGAGGAUGUCAAGAAGGGUGUUUAUGUUGAAAAUCUUUCUGAGUUUGAGGCUCAAAGUGUGAGCGACAUUAUAAGGCUUCUAAUUCAGGGUUCGGCAAAUAGAAAAGUUGCAGCUACAAACAUGAAUAGAGAAAGCAGUAGGUCCCACUGUGUUUUUACUUGUGUAAUUGAGAGCACCUGGGAAAAGGAUUCUACUACUAAUUAUCGUUUUGCAAGGUUAAACCUUGUUGAUCUAGCUGGUUCAGAAAGACAGAAAACUUCUGGUGCCGAGGGCGAGCGUUUAAAGGAAGCGGCUAACAUCAAUAAAUCAUUAUCUACCUUGGGUCAUGUUAUUAUGAUUCUAGUGGAUGUUGCAAAUGGGAAGCAGAGGCAUAUUCCUUACAGAGACUCUAGGCUAACGUUUCUUCUCCAGGAUUCUCUCGGUGGAAACUCGAAAACAAUGAUUAUUGCCAAUGUCAGCCCUUCCAUAAGCUGCGCUGCUGAAACACUGAAUACCCUUAAAUUUGCUCAGAGGGCAAAACUGAUACAAAAUAAUGCUGUGGUGAAUGAAGAUUCUAGUGGGGAUGUAAUUGCAUUAAAACAUCAAAUUCGGCUUUUAAAGGAGGAGAUUUCUACCCUCAAACGGUGCCAGAGUGUAUCCAGGUCAUUGUCUUUCAAAGCUAUAACACAAUCAGUAGAUCAGUGUUGUUUUGAAAAUGAACCUGACAUGGAUGAACAACAUGAUGAAGACAUGAUUAAUCAUGAAUCCAUGGGAACCAGAAUGUCCCACAAACAGUUAGAAUCACUGAACAUAACUCUUGCUGGUGGUUUAAGAAGGGAGCAGAUCGCUGAAACUUCUAUUAGGCAACUAGAAGCAGAAAUUGAACUAUUAAACUGUUUGGUUCGUCAAAGAGAGGAGGAAACUAUGAGUUGCAAAAUGAUGCUUAGGUUUCGUGAAGAUAAAAUUCGUCGAUUGGAAUCUCGAGUUGUUGGAUCCAUUACUGCAGAUCAAUUUUUGCAGGAAGAUAAUAAAGCACUUUCUGAUGAGAUUCAGUUACUUCAGGGCAAAAUCGAUCAAAAUCCUGAAGUUACACGAUUUGCUAAGGAGAAUAUCAGGCUUCAAGAACAACUUAGAAGAUAUGAAGAGUUCUAUGGAGAAGGGGAGAGAGAGAUUUUGUUAAGCGAAGUAUCUUCUUUAAGGGAGCAGUUGCUUCAGUUUCUUGAAAGAAACUCCGUACAGGGUGAUUUAAAUUAUGGCACUCAACCUCAGAAAACUCGGUGUUGCAACCAACAAAAUGAAUCCGUUGAUCUAGAGCUAAGAAGCGCUCUUGAUAAGUUGGAGGAGUGCAGGCACAGCUUAAAUUCUUGCUUAGAGGAGAAUGCUAGACUCAAUAGGGAAUUAGACUCUUUUCACUCAAUGUUCAACAACACAACUGCCACAAAGAUUUCUAUAAAAGGACCUUUGUCUGAAGCUCAAUCACUACCACCUAAGACGGCAGUGAAGCAUGAACCUCAAUUGUUAAAACAUACAGAUGAUAUCUUGGAUUUGCACCUUGAGUUAGAUGUAAUAAAGAUCAUUUUGAAGGAGGAGAGGACUUCCCGUGGUAUAUUGGAGGAACAGGCAACAUCCUUAAAUCAUGAAAUUCUAAUGGAAAAAGACAUGCUUUUGCUGGCAAACAAACAAUUAGAAGACGCAAGUAAUGAACUGAAAGUUGCAAAAACUGUAAUUGAAGCUCUUGAAUCACAACAAAUUUUAUCAAUCAAAGAGAUAGAAGAGAUGCAGAACAAGAACAACUAUUAUCUGGAACUUUUGAGGAAACAAGAGCGUGAAAUCAUGGCCUUGAAGAAUCAACUUGCACCUAAUGACUUAAGAGACAGUUUAUCUUCAAAUCAUCCAAAGAUUGAUAAUGAGUACCCUUUACAGGUCAGGUUCAGAAGGAUGCAUGAUUCUCUUGAAAAAGCUAAGCAACUGAACAUGUUUUACCAAAGUGAUCGUGCACUCCAGAUAUCUAAUGAGGAAGAGAUGGAUGAAGUCCGUCGGCAAGCUGAGGCUGAAACUGCAGAGGUGAUUGUCUGUAUGCAGGAAGAACUUGUCCAGCUACAACAUCAAGUAAAUGAUAGCCAUCAAAAGGAAAUAGAAAUGAAGGAGAGUAUGUUGCGGUUGGAAACUGAACUGAAGGGUGUGCAAGAAAAAUUGCUCACUGCUGUUGAUGAUAACCAAAGUUUAAGUGAAGAGCUUUGGCAGAGAGAUACUGAACUCAAAUCCUUGGCAGAAGAAUGUGAAUUGUUAACCUCUGAGAUCGAAGAGAUUCUUUCUGAUGGAUGUCAGGCACUAGAUGACGCCUCUGAUGUACUUGGUCAUAUAAGCAAUUCAUUUUCACAGAAAAGGAUUUGGAUUUCUGAACAAGUUGGCAUGAUGGUUAGAAAAAUCGCUGAGAAGGAAUUGUUAAUUGAAGAGCUCGGAAGAUGUUUGGAAGAUGCCAGCAAUAAAAGGGGUGAUAUGGAGUCUAUGCUGAAGUCCUUACGAAGUGCAACACUCGUGAUUACUGAAGCACACCAGAAGGAGUCGGAUGAAGCAGAGAAAGAAAUUCUCCUGUUGACAUCACACCUGAGUGAAAAAACAUCUACUGUAGAACAGAUGGAGGAGCAGUUGAUAUUGGCUGAAGAUCAAAUCCGAAAAACAUCAAAGUGUGCCACUGCGGCUUUUGUAGUUGUGAAUUGGUUGUCAGAUGUGAAUCAUGGUUAUCUUGUUGAUCUAAAGCACAAGGAUAUUCUGCUAGGUGAACUAGGAGAAAUCAGUGACAGGAAGGAUGCCCUUCUCAUUGAUCAAUCCAUUUCCCUUGCACAUGUAGAGAGGCAGAUAGCUGAGUUGCAGGAAGAAUGUGACAAAUUAUUGCAGAAACUGUCUGAGGAGAAAGAGCACUCUUAUGCUUUGGAACAAAAGCUUGAAGACAUUGAAAAGAAUGUCAUUUCAGAGACAAGGGAGCAACUAAUAACAUUACAAGACGGGGUCUCCUCAAUCAGGUCAUCCAUGGCCUCUUUUGCCGAUAAUUCCGGAUGUCUCGAUAAUAGAAAUUUGUUGGAUGUAUGCACGUCAAACUAUGAUGAUAAUGGUGAAUCAACGACAAGUUCUGAAACACAUCACCAAAUAGAUGAGAUGGCUGAGUCAACCUUUAAAUUGGCCAACAGUGGAUAUGGUAAGAAGGACUGUAAAUCACGAAAUGUUAGCAAGGAUGCACAGGAAAGAGAUGUUACCAUUACACUUUUGAGAAAGGAAAUAGAAUGUGCUCUUGAGAGCUUAAAAGAAGUUCAAGAUGAGAUAGCCAAAUUACAUGCAGAGAAAAAGGAGAUGUCAAUAUGUGAAAAGCAAAGUCGGGAAAGUAUCAAGUGCCUCACAACUCAAAUACUUGCCCUGCAAGCAGCUAUGGGACACUUUGAAGAGCAAUCCAAAGUUAAGGUUGAAGUACUCAGUUGCAAACUCAUAAACCUGGAAACAACUCUAAAAGAAGCUAUGUCCCAUUGGAAUCAAACAAAAGAGUUGCUUGAACUAGAAGUCGGGGAGGCAAAGAUCGUUCAAGUUCAAAAAGCUGAAGAGGCAUAUUGCAUUCUUGCUAAAUUUGAAGAAGCCCAAGAGACAGUGAAGGAAGCAGAUUUUAUGAUCAAUAAAUUAGUGAUAGCUAAUGAAAAACUGAAAGAAAGAGAAGUCACAUUGCUCAGUGAGAACGAUGUAUUGUUCAACAAGGUUGAGAGCUUACAGACCGUUGUUGCUUUGAAGCAUCAGGAGAUAGACGACCUUGUGGAAUCAAAUCUAAUAGAGACAAGGGAUUUAGUCAUGAAGGUGGAUGAUGUCAUUAAAGAGGUCCAGUUGAUGAUGAAGGAAAAUUUUAUGUCUUUAGCUUGUGAUAUAGAGUGCGUCAAGUCUCAUUUCUUAUGUUCCACUAAGUUGAUUCAACCAUGGCUUGAGAAGAUCUGGUCUGAGAUAAUUAGUAAAGAUUGUGUGAUGUCUGUACUACAUCUCUGUCACAUGGGCGUUCUACUGGAAACAGUAACAGGAAUGCAUGCAGAAAAUGGCUUGCUUUCACAUGGUUUGUGUGAAUCAAACUCUGUCAUAAGUGAUCUGAAGGAACGAAAUUUUAGAACGUCGCAAGAACUAGAAAUGUGCAGAAUCUUGAAAGGGAACCUGCUUGCUGACAUUCAGAAAAGUUUUGAUCACAUUACUAGGAAAGAAGCGGAAGCUGGAGAGAUGACCAUCAAGCUAAACACUUUUGUUAAAAACUUAUCAGAUUUACAGCUUCAGGAGGAGAUGCUGCUGCAUAGGUCUAACGAAAUGGGAUCCCAACUUGCUAAGUUGACGAGGGAAUUUGAUCUGAGCAGUACAGAUGCUGUGAUAUCCCUUUUAGAUCAAGAGAAACUGCUGAAACAGAAAGUAGAAGACACUGAGUCUCAAGCUGAAUUUUUUAUGGUUGAUUGGUAUGCCAAAGACUUUGAGUUACUCGUCCAUGCUUCUGAAUUCAGAAGCAUGGCAUGUAAUGUAUCUGAUAUGGAGGAGCAUUUUGUCAAGUACUCUACAAUAAUUGAACAACUGAAAAAAGAAUCAAUAUUUUUCCAGGUAGAGACUGAGUUAGCAGAGCAAGUUUUGAUGGAUAAGGAAGUUGAAGUUUCCCUUCUAAAACGAGAAAUUCAGCAGGAAAAAGUAGAAAAGGAAAACUUAUUGAUGGAAUUGAAGCAGAACAUCUUGAGGAAUACAGAGAUGGGGGAAGUAAACAAGGAAAAUGCUGUGCUUCUAAAGGAUGUUGCUUGCUCUAAUAUUGCAUUGAAGGAUGAACUUGUUGUAGUUAAGGAGUCAGAGAAAAGACUUCUGGAUAAGAUUCAAGACCUGGAAGUUGAUUAUGAUAAAGUAAUUGGUGAUAUCAUAGCAAAGGAUGUGGCGUUUGAAUUUUCUGUCAAUCAGAUGUUUUUUCUUGAAGAUCAAAUCAGAGAGUCAGAGAGCACAAACUGCAUGUUGGAAAAUUCAUGUUGCAAUCUGAAGAAUGAGUUGCACCUAAGGGAUUCAGAGAUAACUAGAAUACAAAGCUUGCUGCAACUUGAGUUAUCUAGAAAGGAAGAUGUAAUAAAAGGUUUGCUGUAUGAUCUGAGCUUACUGCAGGAAUCUGCAUCUAUCAGUAAAGACCAAAAGGACGAAAUGGAGGAAAUGAAGGCCACAAUGGAAGCAUUAGAAUCAGAGCUUACAGUUAAAUCUGGUGAGCUUGCUGCCGUAGUUGCUAACUGUCAGUUGCUUGAAGCUAAGUUAAUGGAGAAAUCAAACAGACUUACAGCUCUCGAGUUGGACCUCUCAAAAGAUCGUGAGGUUGUAAAACUGCAAGCCAGUGAAAAUCAUGAACUUAAAAAUCAUAUUGAAGAUGCCUUAGUGGCAAGAAAACUGGCAGAGGAGGAACUAAAAGAGAGAAUGAAGAUAACAAAUAGUUUAGAGGAUGAAAUUUUGGAAAUGAGCAGUGUUCUUGGACAAAUGAAUGACUCAAUUAAAAACCUGAGUGUUGAUAGGGAUGCCCUAACUAUUCAGAGGGAUCAACUUCAGGGUCAGGUGAAUUCACUCAACGAAAGAUUUGAAAAAGCUGUAGCACAAGCUGAAGCUAAUGAAGAAAUUGCACAAGAUGCUCAGAAGUUGGCAGAAGCAAGAAAAGUUUAUGCCGAAGAUAGGGAAGCAGAGAUUGAACUUCUUGAGAGAUCUGUUGAAGAGCUGGAAAGUACCGUAAAUGUACUAGAAAACAAUGUUGACUUCAUUAAAGGAGAAGCAGAACGACAGCGGCUGCAAAGAGAAGAUCUAGAAAUGGAGCUAUGUGCAUUAAAAGAUCAGAUGCAAAAUCUAAGAAAUGCCGAUGAUGAUAUAAAAAGAUUUUUGGAUGAAAAAGAGAAAUGCCUUGAAGAAGCCCAAAAUCACAUUCAGGUUCUGAAGAGUGAUAUAGCAGGAAAAGAUGCAGAGGUUGCACAGAUGAAAGUUCAUAUUUCAGAGCUAAAUUUGCAUGCGGAAGCACAGGCAAUGGAGUAUAAACAGAAAUUCAAAGCAUUGGAAGUGAUGGCCGAGCAAGUCAAACCUGAAGGCAUUUCCACCCAACCCAACAAUGCUCUGUCAAACAAGUCUGAGAAGAAUGCAACCAAGUCUCGAGGUUCUGGUUCUCCUUUCAAAUGUAUUGGGUUGGGGUUGGCACAACAGGUAAAAUAUGAAAAGGUUGAAGAGCUGUCUGCUGCAAGACUGCGCAUUGAAGAACUAGAAUCUCAGGCAGCAUGUCGACAGAAAGAGAUAUUUUCACUGAAUGCCAGAUUAGCGGCUGCUGAGAGCAUGACCCAUGAUGUAAUUCGGGACUUACUUGGAGUAAAGUUGGAUAUGACUUCUUAUGUGUCACUACUGGAUAAUCAUCAAGGGCAAAAGAUUGCAGAGAAAGCUCAAUUUCUUACUCUAGAGCCUCAAGAGAAGGAACAGGAGGUUAUGAAACUAAAGAAACAGCUCAAUGAGUUUAUUGAAGAGAGGAAAGGAUGGCUGCAAGAUAUCGAUAGAAAACAAGCCGAAUUAGUAGCUGCACAGAUUGCAUUGGAAAAACUUCGGCAGCGAGACCAGCUACUAAAAACGGAAAAUGAACUGUUGAGGAUGGAAAACGCAAGCAACAAGAGUAAAAUAAUGGAAGUGGAGGAAGAAAUGAAUAAGCUGUCGGGUCAGCAAAACCUUCAACAGCGUAUUCAUCACCAUGCUAAAAUUAAGGAGGAAAACAACACUUUAAAAAUACAGAAUGAACAACUCAGCGCAAAGUUACGCAAGGCAAAUAAAUUCAUUUCACGUGUGGAAGAAUAUAUUCCUCGCCUUCGUGCUUCUGCUGGGUCAAAAGAAUAUAUUGAUUUUGAUGAGGAGGAACGUCUGAGGAAAAUGCUGAAGGAGAUCGAGGAAGAGAAAGUACAAUUAGCACAGCAAUUACUGAGAUUGUCUAUUAAUGUUCUAAAGGCUGCUGGAAUAGCAAAACCAAUGUCAGAUGUAAAUCCUUCUAUUGCUGAGGAGGCUCUAGAGGAGCUCAAGAAUAGAAUAACUUCCCUGGAAAUGGAACAAGAAAAUUUGAAGUUUAAGAAUAAAAUUAUGAAAGAAAAGAUUCGAUUAUCUGAACUCAUGCCACAAGCUUCUCCUUUGAGCUCAAAAUCUGAAGAGAACGGAAUAACUCCACCAAGGGCAGGCAGAGCUCCAUUUCUUUCCAGUUUUGAGCGUUAGUUUUGAAAUAGUUAUUUAUUUCAUCAUGUUGUAUUUUACCCAUUCACACGCUAUAUUCUUUGAUUAACAUGUAAAUAAGUAGUACUAACAUGUAAGUAGUAUGUACAGUUUAAUUAAUGAGAAAAUGAUACCAUUACAGUCAAAAAGAAAGAAAAUGGUACUGUUAAUUUAAUGAAGACCUAUGUGAUACUCUGGGAAGGUUUACCAAA